AUAAAGCCCAAGCGGAUUUGAAUUAGGCACCGGAUAACAGACAGCAACUGUGCAUCCUUCGGUGAGGGAGGGGGAGAGGGAGGCAACUGUUUUGUAUCUUGGAAGCUCUGGGUUAGGAGAGGGGGAGGAGGAGCGGAGAAUGAGCUAUUCUUGUACCAGCAGAGGCAACAGCCAGGACCCAUCAACCGCUAAGAAGGCUGCCGGUAAUAAUCCGGGCAGAGGCACUGACAGCAGCAGUAGCGGCAGCCCGAAGCAAACGGCAUCGAUGAAAGUGAAGAAAGGCUGCAACUCGACCGACGUGGGGGUCCCGGGGACCAUGGAGGAGGACCUGCAGGGCAGCACGGUGAUCACUCCGGAUGAUGUUCUGGGCUUGCAGAAGAUCACAGAGAAUUAUCUUUGCAGCUCGGACGAAAACAUUUACAACAUUGACUUCACCAGGUUCAAGAUCAGAGAUAUGGAAACCGCCACAGUGCUGUUUGAAAUCACCAAACCUCCAUCCAUAGACAAAGCAGGAGAGAAGAGGGAUGUUGACCCAAACGCCGGCCGAUUUGUCCGUUACCAGUUCACCCCCGCUUUUCUCAGACUGCGACAAGUUGGAGCUACCGUUGAGUUCACGGUCGGGGACAAGCCGAUAGAAAACUUCAGGAUGAUCGAGAGACAUUAUUUUAGAGAGAAGUUGCUCAAGAGUUUUGACUUUGAGUUUGGCUUCUGCAUGCCCAGCAGCAAGAACACCUGUGAACACAUCUACGAAUUCCCACCUCUGUCUGAGGACAUCAUCAGAGAGAUGGUCCUGCACCCGUAUGAGACACAGUCUGACAGCUUCUACUUUGUGGACAAUAAGCUGGUGAUGCACAACAAGGCGGACUACUCUUACAACGGCGGGACAUAGAGACGACACGCUGACACGAGAGACAGGUGGAUGUACGGACUGACCUAAGAGACGAUCGGAGUACACUGGUGGAGUAAACAUCCUGUCAAUCCAGUAUGUCUCUCUCUGUUUAUUUAUCUCCUCCUCUGUCUUUCUUCCGCUGAGAGAGCCAUCCAGAAAGAGAGAGAGAGUGUGUGUGUGUGUGUGUGUGUGUGUGUGUGUGUGUGUGUGUGUGUGUGUGUGUGUGUGUGUGUGUGUGUGUGUGUGUGUGUGUGUGUGUGUGUGUGUGUGUGUGUGUGUGUGUGUGUGUGUGUGUGUGUGUGCUGUUACAAAGUGUAUUUGUGACAUGAUAAACCAGCAAGUAAGCAACUUUUUAGGAAAUAUCAGAUGGUUUUUCGCUCUCAAAAAAAGAAAAAACUCUAUCUUCAAAUAUUCAUAAAAAAUAUUUUUUUCAUUCCUGUACAUGUUAGUGUUUAGGAACAAACAUUGCAUCUAAAAAUGUGUGUUUUUAGGACUUAAGUCAAAGUUUUUGGGGAAAUUUAUUUCUCCGAUUCAAUGAGUGAGUAUGUGUGUUUGUGUACUUUGUAUGACUGUCUGUCUGAAGCACUUAUAGUCUGACAAAAAAAAUACAAAUAUUUAAACAAUAAUGUGGUCAUCUGGUGUGCAGAGGUCGAAUAGAUUUCCAAAACAUGUUAGCACAUUUAUCUACACAGUAAGCAGUAGUUGGUUCAUCAGACGUGUUUACUGUUUUCGUCUCCCUUUGUUCCUUAUUUAUUUUCUUGAAUCAUGUGACGAUAGGCGAUAAAGAAGUUGUUAAAACCUUUUGUUAAGUUGUGUGUCCAAGUUUAAAGUUUUUGCUGUUUGGAAACUUUUCAAAAUGAGAGAAGAAAAGGAAAACUUGCAUUUGUAAAUGUUGAUAUUUUUCAGUCAGAUCUGUGUUGCAAAAAGGAAGAUUUGAGGUAAUGUAGCAGAAAUCACCCUUAAAUGUUAUAUACUUUUGUUUGUACAAGUAUGUGAUCUAAAUUUUGUUUCUGUGGCAGUCCUUCUCAUGUCAUUUAUGUCCAUAUGUUGUUUCUCUGUUAUCUGAUUGCUGCUAUCUGAUCGCUCAUUUCUGUCUCAUUGUUUUCAGAAACAUUCCGGUGAGUUAGGACCUGAGUGUGUUGAUCUCUUGUUAUUUGAGGGCAUUUAUUACACAGGGAAUCGGUAACUGAUCUGUCUUAGGACAACUCUAAAUUGUAAUAUGCACACUUUGCUUCCUCUCUCUGUGCUGAGACACAACCUGACCCAAAUAGUAUCCAAAAAUCUACCUUUUUUUCAAAAUAUCUGCAUAUAAUGUGUGAUUUGAAUCACUUUAUAGUCAGUUUAGUGAUCCUACUUAAAUUGCCGUAAACUCCAACCGCUUGUUGCAGAAAGUGUGUUCAAACGAACGCUGCAAAUGAUUUGCAAAUACUGGUUUAGCCAGGUCUAUGAAGAGAUGCAGCCAGUUUAAAGGAUAUUACUUAAAUGCAGCUGUUGUGUUCAGAUCAACACAAGACAAGGGUGGAAACUGAUUUAGAUUGUCAUUAGCUUAAAGUGAUUAAAAUCCAGGAGACUUUUUGGGGGCCUAUUGUGAGUUACACGUACAGCAAAUAAAGUAGCAAAUCUGCUGACUGACUUGAAUUAUAUGUCAUAAAAUGUAACAUAGAUAUGUAGAACACAUUUGUUUAUGACCAAUCGUGACUCGUGUACAAAUUAUUUUGAACUCGUGUAAAGUUUUUGACGAUUCAAAUGUUGGUCAAAAUAAAGAUUUACGGGAUUUUUUUUGAAA